AUGAAGUCAGUCGAUCAAUCCUCUUUUCCCACCACCUUUUCUCGUCAGAACUGCUUACUGCAUACAUCUCCUCUCAACUAUCAAUCACUUCACAAAAUGAUUUCUAGAAUUGCUUUCCGCGCUGCCUCUCAGGCACCUCUGAUCGCCCGCCGCGGCCUGCACGCCACCCCAGCUCGUAUGGGGGGUUACCAUUACCCCGAGGGCCCUAGGAGCAACCUGCCCUUUAACCCACUGACCCGCUUUUUCUGGUUGAGAUACCUUUCGUACUGCGUUGUUGGCUUCGGGUUUCCCUUUGGAGUUGCUGUCUGGCAAACCACCAAGAACCAAUAG